AUGGCAACAAAUGCACAAUUGUUUAAUCCUAGGAGUAUUUUUGUUUCAUCAAGUAAUGAUGAAGUUUAUAUUGCUGAUACUGGUAAUCACACAGUUAGAAAGAUAUUGGAAAAUGGAAAUAUUGUAACAAUAGCAGGAAAUGGACAACAAGGAUAUAGUGGUGAUAAUGGUCUUGCAGUAAAUGCACAACUUGUUAGUCCAUCAUAUGUUUUUGUUUCAUCAAAGAAUGAAGUUUAUAUUGCUGAUUAUCAAAAUAACAGAAUUAGAAAAAUAUUGGAAAAUGGAAACAUUAUAACAAUAGCAGGAAAUGGACAACAAGGAUAUAAUGGUGAUAAUGGUCUUGCAGUAAAUGCACAACUGGCUAGUCCAUCGAGUGUUUGUGUUUCACUAAAGAAUGAAGUUUAUAUUGCUGAUUCUGGUAAUCACUCAAUUAGAAAAAUAUUGGAAAAUGGAAAUAUUGUAACAAUAGCAGGAAAUGGACAACAAGGAUAUAAUGGUGAUAAUGGUCCUGCAGUAAAUGCACCACUCUUUGAUCCAUCAAGCGUUUUUGUUACGCCAAAUGAUGAAGUUUAUAUUGCUGAUACUGGUAAUCACAGAAUUAGAAAAAUAUUAAGAAACGGAAAUAUUAUAACAAUAGCUGGAAAUGGACAACAAGGAUAUAGUGGUGAUAAUGGUCCUGCAGUAAAUGCAAAGUUGUCUAGUCCAGUAGAUGUUUUUGUUUCAUCAAAGAAUGAAGUUUAUAUUGCUGAUUACCAAAAUACCAGAAUUAGAAAAAUAUUGGAAAAUGGAAACAUUAUAACGAUAGCAGGAAAUGGAAAAUUAGGAUAUGGUGGUGAUAAUGGUCUUGCAGUAAAUGCAAAAUUGUAUAGUCCAGUAGGUGUUUUUGUUUCCCAAGAUAAUGAAGUUUAUAUUGCUGAUUAUCAAAAUAACAGAAUUAGAAAAAUAUUGGAAAAUGGAAAUAUUAUAACAAUAGCUGGAAAUGGAGAAUUAGGAUAUGAUGGUGAUUCAGUAUUUGAUUUUUCAAAAUAUCCACACAUUGGCCCUAUAUAUUCUUCCACGUAUGGCAAAGCCAAGUUGAAAAAACAUUCAAGAGAUUUAUUGUUUAAUUCAUCAAUUUAUGCAUUCAUUCCUCUCGUUGAAAUGGUAUCACCACUAUUUUGUAAAUAUAUUUUAAAGAAUGAAUCACUAAUUUCAUCAAUGAAUUCAAUUCAACAAGAAAUUAUUCAAAAAUUAAUUGACUCUUUAAUUUAUAAUAAUGAAAUUCAAUUGAAAUUUAACAAUGAUGAAAUAUUGGAUGUUUUAUUCAUUUUAGGAUUUUUCAAGAAUAAUGAAUUUAUUCAAUUGAAAAAAUUAUGCACAACUCAAUUUAUUCAAUCACUUACUAUUCAAAAUCUUUCAUUUAAAUGGGAACAAAUUGAAAUUUAUCUUUCUCAAUGUAGUGAUUUUCAUUUAGAAAAUUAUAUUCUUGAAUAUUUGAAUAAUUAUUGUGUUGAAUUUGCUGCCAUUCAAAUGAAAACUCCAGGAGGAGUCAAUAGUUUGCCAAAUCUUCCAAUCAUUGUGAAAAAUGCUGCUAACAUCUUGUCAAAACACUCACUGUCCCAACCAAAUUAUAUAAUUAUUGAUGAAGCAGUAGAAAUAGAAUUGAUGGAUAUUGGUAAAUUAUAUAACGAUAAGAAAACGAGUGAUUUGAAAAUUCAAAUUGAUGAAGAUAAUUACUUGUAUUGCCACAAAACAAUUUUAAGCUCUUCAAGUACAUUAUUUAAUGCCAUGUUUGACAGUGGAUCAACAUUUACCGAUCUCAGUAAUGAUAUUUUUAUUCCAGAUUCUUCAGAUGAUUUUGAAUUUUUGGAAAUUAUCAUCAAGACAUGUUAUGAAACUCCAGUUCAAGAUGUUAAAUACGAAAAGUUGCUUCGUCUUCUUGAUAUGGCCAUGAAACAUGAAAUGGAAUAUUUAGUUAAAUAUUGUAAGAAUGAAUUAUCAAUUUCCAUUGAUAAUUAUAUAGAUAUUGUUUCAGCUUGUGAAAAUUAUAUUGGUUUGCAAUGUUUUGAGGGUUUUUAUAAUGAAUUGAUUACAUUUGGAAUUAAGCACAGAAGACAACUCUUUCCUGAUUGUGAGACAAUUUUAAAAUUACCUCCAAAACUUUUGCCAUUGUUUUUUUUAAAGUUUGCCCAAGAAUUUUUAUAA